AUGCUUGAGGUGUGUAUAGAUAGUUUGCAAUCUGCAAUCAAUGCAAUCCAUGGUGGUGCUGAUGAGUUGGAAGUAUGUAGCUCAUUAUCAGAAGGCGGUUUAACUCCUUCGCCUGGGCUUGUCAUGGAAAUACAAAAAAUGAAACCUAAAGUGAAUGUGAUGGUAAGAUGCCGGAUGGGUUCAGAUUUUUGCUAUACCGAAGAAGAAAUGGAUACUAUGCUAUCAGACAUAGAAUUUUAUAAAACUUUGCAUGUUGAUAAAUUUGUUUUUGGAGCAUUAACAGCAGAUCAAGAGAUUGAUGAACAAAACUGUGUUAAAGUUUUAAAUGCGGCACAUCCCAUACCCGUUACAUUCCACAGAGCAUUUGAUAUAUGCAAAGAUCCUCAUAGUGCUCUUAAAAAAAUCGUUGACCUUGGUUUUAAAAGAUUAUUAACGAGUGGUCAAAAAUCUUCGGCGGGUGAUGUGAAUGCAAUUGAAUUAUUACGUAAUUUAAUUACUAUUUAUGGGGAUAAAAUUGAAAUUAUGCCAGGUGCAGGUGUAAAUGCUGAUAACGCUAAAGAAUUUGUAAAUAUAGGCUGUAAAAUUAUUCACAGUUCUUGUAAACGCAUUAAGCAGUUGCCAUCGGUUGAAAAUAAUUUAACUAUGGGCACCACUUCUAGUGAGUACAUAUAUAUUACUGAUGUCAACAUUGUGCAAACACUUAAAUGGGUUUUGUCAUAUUUAUGA